CGCCCGCCCGCUCGCUCGCCCCCGGCCCGGCUCCUCCUCCUCCUCUCGCCAUUGCAGUUGGGACUCGGCAGCCCGGCGCGCACCGCGUGGCUUUUGGGGGGAGACCCCAGCGGGCUGUGUCAGGAGGGCGGCGGCGGCGGCGGCUGUGGUCGGGGAAGGGGACGCCGACGAGAUAGUUGAAGUGUUGAUAACACCAAGGAAAUCUGUCACAAUUUGAAAAGAUAAGCAAAAAUUUGAUUUCCAGACACUACAGAAAAAGAAGUAAAAAUGCGUCCAAUGCGAAUUUUUGUGAAUGAUGAUCGCCACGUGAUGGCAAAACAUUCUUCCGUUUAUCCAACCCAAGAGGAGCUGGAGGCUGUCCAGAACAUGGUGUCCCACACGGAGAGGGCCCUCAAAGCUGUGUCCGACUGGAUAGACGAGCAGGAGAAAGGCACUGGCGAGCACGCCGAGUCCGAGAACAUGGACGUACCCCCGGAGGAUGAGAGCAAAGAGGGGGCCGGGGAACAGAAGACGGAGCACAUGACCAGAACCUUGCGGGGUGUGAUGCGUGUUGGCCUCGUGGCGAAGGGCCUUCUGCUCAAGGGGGACUUGGACCUGGAGCUGGUGCUGUUGUGUAAAGAGAAGCCCACCACUGCCCUCCUGGACAAGGUGGCUGACAACCUGGCCGUCCAGCUUGCUGCUGUUACAGAAGACAAGUAUGAAAUACUCCAGUCUGUCGAUGAUGCUGCGAUUGUGAUAAAAAACACAAAAGAACCUCCGCUGUCCCUGACCAUCCACCUGACGUCCCCUGUUGUCAGAGAGGAAAUGGAGAAAGUGUUAGCUGGAGAAACGCUAUCAGUCAACGAUCCCCCGGACGUUCUGGACAGGCAGAAAUGCCUUGCUGCCUUGGCGUCCCUCCGACACGCCAAGUGGUUCCAGGCCAGAGCCAACGGGCUGAAGUCCUGUGUUAUUGUCAUCCGGGUUCUGAGAGACCUGUGCACCCGCGUGCCCACCUGGGGCCCUCUCAGAGGAUGGCCUCUUGAGCUGCUCUGUGAGAAGUCCAUCGGCACGGCCAACAGGCCCAUGGGGGCAGGCGAGGCCCUGCGAAGAGUGCUGGAGUGCCUGGCCUCCGGGAUCGUGAUGCCAGAUGGUUCUGGCAUUUAUGACCCUUGUGAAAAAGAAGCCACUGAUGCUAUUGGGCAUCUAGACAGACAGCAACGGGAAGAUAUCACACAGAGUGCGCAGCACGCUCUGCGCCUCGCUGCUUUCGGCCAGCUCCAUAAAGUCCUGGGGAUGGACCCUCUGCCCUCUAAGAUGCCCAAGAAACCAAAGAAUGAGAACCCAGUGGACUACACUGUCCAAAUCCCCCCAAGUACCACCUACGCCAUCACGCCCAUGAAACGCCCGAUGGAGGAGGACGGCGAGGAAAAGUCUCCCAGCAAAAAGAAGAAGAAGAUCCAGAAGAAAGAGGAGAAGGCAGAGCCUCCCCAAGCUAUGAACGCUCUGAUGAGAUUGAACCAGCUAAAACCGGGCCUGCAGUAUAAACUGGUUUCCCAAACCGGCCCGGUCCACGCCCCCAUCUUCACGAUGUCUGUGGAGGUAGAUGGGAGCUCAUUCGAGGCCUCUGGACCCUCGAAAAAGACCGCCAAGCUGCAUGUGGCCGUCAAGGUGUUACAGGACAUGGGCCUGCCUACAGGAGCUGAGGGCCGGGAGUCGAGCAAGGGGGAGGACUCGGCCGAGGAGACGGAGGCGAAGCCGGCGGUGGUGGCCCCUCCCCCAGUGGUGGAAGCCGUGUCAACCCCCAGCGCGGCCUUCCCCUCGGACCCCACUGCCGAGAACGUAAAACAGCAGGGGCCGAUCCUAACCAAGCAUGGCAAGAACCCAGUCAUGGAACUAAAUGAAAAGAGGCGCGGCCUCAAGUACGAGCUCAUCUCGGAGACGGGGGGCAGCCAUGACAAGCGCUUCGUCAUGGAGGUGGAGGUGGACGGGCAGAAGUUCCAAGGGGCUGGCUCCAAUAAAAAAGUGGCAAAGGCAUACGCAGCCCUCGCUGCGUUAGAAAAGCUUUUCCCUGACGCCCCUCUUGCCCUUGAAGCAAAUAAAAAGAAGAGAACCCCGGUACCCGUCCGUGGUGGGCCUAAAUUUGCUGCUAAGCCUCAUAACCCCGGGUUCGGAAUGGGAGGCCCCAUGCACAACGAAGUGCCCCCACCCCCAAACCUCCGCGGGCGGGGAAGAGGAGGGAACCUCCGCGGCCGAGGUCGAGGCAGAGGGUUUGGCGGUGCCAACCACGGAGGCUACAUGAACGCCGGUGCUGGGUAUGGGAGCUACGGGUACGGGGGCAGCUCGGCAACGGCGGGCUACAGUGACUUUUUCACAGACUGCUACGGCUAUCAUGACUUUGGGUCUUCCUAGAGCAUCUAAAAGUAUUGCACACAAAAGCAACUUUUUACUCCAAUUUUCUCGAACUCCAAAACCCAAAGUGUCCGUGCUGUGUCCCUGUGCUUCACUGGGUUCUCUACCGUGGCUUUUCACCGCAGCUUGUCUGAAACACUUAGCCUGCAGAAUUUAAGACAAUGGCAGUUUUUAUCGUGAUUUGCCUUUGAACUUGGUCACAAUAAGUGGAAAGCAAUUUUCAGAGCAUGUCUUGUUGUGCAGAAUUGCACGGGAUUCUAGAGCCAGCGUUGUCCAGCAUCAAGGCAAAGCCCAUCUGUGCUUUUUAUGGAAAGCAUUACUUUAUUUAAGAGACAGAUAAUGAAGCAUUUUAAUCUACCUUUGUCUUAAUUUACAGCAGGUUUUGUAUGAAUUUUUAACCUUUUAACAAAUCCCCAAAUCCGGUUGAUGCCUUUGACAGUAAUGAAAACUGUCUCACCACAUCUGAAUCCAGAGCAAGCGGCUUUUUAUUAUUAUUAUUAUUUUUUUUAAUUUUUAUUUUUUAAUGAGCAUGUGAAAUGUUGGGAACAUUUGGGGAAUUGUAAAUUGUGCUAAGUUAGCCUCUCCGGUCUUUUGUAAAUGCUCUGGUGGGUUACUGUCUGGGGAUGUGACAUUUUGUGGCUGGUUUCACUAGAGAGAGAACUUUGAACUCUCAAGGUAUCGGAACUGUGCUUCCAUUAUUAGUGCCAGGUUCAGACAGGCUCUAAGGCGUAGACAACGGGAAAUUUUGCAAGUCCUAGUCACAGCUGCAAGUGCAUGGGACCCUGGGUUUGUUUUUUUGUUUUGUUUUGUUUUGUUUUUUUAAAGUGGGGCUUAAAAAAUCUAAUCGAGCAGAAAGAGCCCGGAGCGUGACUGGCUCCUCUAGGGGAGAGCCACUCUCCGCAGGGGCUGUACCGCUGGAUGCCCGGCUGCACCUUCAGCCACGCUGCCCGGAAGCUUCCACCCUCUGAUUUGGGGGCAGACUUGCCAUGACAGCGUCUCUGCUAUGUGCAGGGAGCCACAUGGAGGCGGCAUCCAGCUCUUUACCGAGCCCCCAGUUUCCCAGGAGGCCUCAUUGGAAGCGUUGUGUGGCUCGGGCCUCUGGUCAGCAGUUCUUAGCUGCCACAAAGCCCGCCUCUGUGUUGACUUGCAAGAUUUUGUGUUGAUUCAGGCAAAAACUGGUCAAAAUGGUUACUAGAUAACUUGUUCCCAGAGGUUUGAAACAUUCAGUGAAACUUUUUAAAACUUUUACUGCAUGAUGUAUUUUUUUUUUUUAGAACGUUCUUGUUUGAGAAUAAUGUCUUUUUAUACCAGGAAAUAGUUAUCCCUGAAUGACGUUGAAAACUUCCCCUGCCCUUUAUUUUUUUUUUUAAUCAAUACAUGUUACCGAAACAAGCCCUCGA